AUGUCCCUACAGCUGUCGCAUUCUUGGGUUGCUUCAGUGCGGCAACCCCGCGGUGUCCAGCCCAAGCGUAAACUCUUCUCAGCGGGGCUAAAAAAGGGUCUUUUCGAGCGGCUAAACUCAGGAGCCACAACGGGCGCAGGUCAGCAUGCGCACGGGCAGAGUCAGGCGCCCCUAGAUCCUCUUCCUCUCGCUUCGUCUGCGACGGCCGCCAUGGCGCAGGCCUCAACUUCCUCCGGGCCCGAGGGUCACCUUCCCUCCGACGGUUGCGCCACCGCUUCUUCCGCUGCGCCUCUCUCCCCAGACGCGCGCUCUUCUUCCCCCUUCGUGGCCUCUUGGUCGUCUUCUCCGCCCCCCUGGGGCGUCCCCUUGUCGUCGCCUCCGCAGCUCUUUCCGCCGCCCUUCGGCGCGUCUUCGCUCUCUACGCCUUUUUGGACGUCUCCGCCGUCUGAAGCGCCUUCGCAGGCGCCUCCUUCUCCCACUUAUUCGCUAGGCCAGCAGAUCUGGAGCUUCGAGGACUCUGGGAAGUCAAUUCUCCUCAAGGCGCGCGCGGGCGCCUUUGAGUUCACGUCGCUCCUCCUCGCCCACCCGCUGCGGCACCUUGAGCAGCUGCUUGAAGGAGCCUCACAGAAAGGCGAGGCAGAGCGCGACCCUGGAGGCGCCGCGUCAGAGAGGCUCCCUCUCCCUUCUUCUUGCCCAGCCUGCGCCCGCCCCAGCGUCUGCCUGCGCGCAGGCGACAGGAUCGUCGUGGAAGGCGCCACGCAGAGCGGAAAGACGCUUCUCCUCAGACAACUGGCUGCGGAGAUCGCGCUCGCGUGCUACCCCAAGUCCGCGCCCCUGAACUGUGACUCGCGAGGCAGGGGACAGGGCGUCCUCGUCCUGUCCUACGGCGGCGACGUCUCUCUCUUGAAUAUUCGCGAGACGAUUGAAGACAUGCUUGCAGAGAAGUUACAGGCUUCCCCCACCGGCGCAGAGCCGCGCGCCCACGCCGCGCCCCUGAAGCCUGCCAGGGUCGCCCGCCCGUCUCGACUCUCAGAAGCGAAGCGCGAGCGACUCGCUGUGCGCCGAGCGGCAGCCCAGGCACUUCGGCACGUGUUUGUCAUCAGCAUAUACACGCCGCUCCAGCUUCUGCACGUCACGAAGUGGCUGCCCUUCUUCUGCGCGACGCACCCCAGCGUCCGCGCUCUGCUGGUUGACGGCGUGGUGACUACCGCGGCCGCUGCGCUGGCUGCCUCCCCCGGGGGGCCUGCGCAGACGUUUUUCCGCUUCGCGCCUUGCGGAGGAGAGAGCCGCGAUCCAGGGAGGCGAGAGAGGAAACGAAGGCGCAGAGGCGAAACCGCCAAUUCCGACCACGGAGACUCCGGCGCCCUGGAGCGGCGCGGAGGGCUUGCUGCGUCCCUGGGCUCGGCGGGCGCGUCGCCUGCUUCGUCUGGGGGGGGGGGCACGGGUUCGAAGCCUGCCACCAGCUUCUCUCGAAGUGCCGCGCCGGCCGCGGCAGCCUCCGCCCGCGCCACGCCCACCUCCAGCAUGCAGCUGCUUACGCUGGCAGUUCAGCAGAUUCUGCGCGUGCACCAGGAGCAGCGGCUUCUUCUUGUCUACACGAAGCAGACCGCUGCAUCUGCGGCGGCAGCCAGGGGGGGCGAGGGCGAAGCGGAGCCUGGCGACAAACGCGUUGCGAUUCCUCUCCCGUUGCCGCGCUUCGCGGCGCGAGCGGGAGACGCUGAGGGCUCAGCUGAGUUGCCCGCAGAAGCGCGUUCACUCGGCUCUGCUGCCUCGCGGGCGGCGCCGCCGUCGGAGGAGGCGCGCGAGCGCCAAACCGCCCGCGGGCCCGGCGCAAGCCCCAGCCGCGGCGAUCGCGCUGCAGACACGGCUUUUCAUAGAGACAGCCUCUGGACACUCGCCGGGUUUCCGCGCUUCCCGCGAGGCGCUGUCGGCUUCCUCUUGCGUCGGGUGGCGUCAGACGCGUGGGUCCGCGCGACUCGACAGCCAGUCAGCAAACUCGUUUCCUGUUUGCACAAAUCGCGCGCGAGACGCGGCAGCGAAGGCGAAGGAAGCGAGCGAUUUGCGCGAGGCGCCGCGCCGCGCCGCGCCUCUCGGGUGUAUCAGCUUCAGCUGCUAAAAGCCGAGUCGCUGGCGUCAUGUGGCGCUCAGCCGCCUGAGGCGGUGACGCGCGAAGGCGAACCUCCUCACGCCUCCACGUUCCAGGAGGGCAGCCAGUCCGCACUCACCGGCACGGUCCUCGCAUGCGUGUGUAGCUGCAGUUCUGUCGGCGGUUUGAGCGGCCGCGGCGCCUCGGGAGACCUGCGGAGGAGUCAGGCGACUCACGCGAGUGCGGCUGCUGGGGUCGGCUCAGCGGAGAGCCCAGACGCUGUCCGCGCGCGAGUUGUCUGCGCAGUGGCUGGCAACACUCAUCUCGUUGCCAAUGAGGACUCUGUCGGCGCGUGCCUCCUCCGCCGGUCCAGCGAGGCAGAGGGAGCAGAAUCUGCAGCGAAGCCGCGCGGCGGCCUUCGCGAAGCGCCUCGCAGAGAGGAGGUGGAGGGGGGGGCGAGUGGUUUACAAGAGAGAGGCGGAGGCGCCGCUGCGCUUUUUCGAAGGUCAUUUGCAGAGAGCGUUGCCGAGGGAAGCGAUGUAGCCUUGGCGCGCAGGCAGGCCACGGGCGGGACGUGUGGUGUAUUUGUCCUCCUAACGAAGCAUGGCUCACGCGACGUGGUGCAACUCUUAUAG